AUGGGUAUCGCUAUAGGUGUGCUUAUUGGCAGUUUUUUAAUUGUAAUAAUUAUUAACGUUAUUUUACAAUAUCAAGGAAGACUUAAUUUACGAACAGCCAUUGCUACUGAAUCAAUGAAAUAUACAUCAAAAUCUCCAAUACCAAGUAGUUGGAGACUACAUACUAGACGAAUUUAUAGACGAUUAAUUAUUGAUCUUGGAAAUCCCAAUCCAUCAAAUGUUAGCAAUAUCUCAUAUGGAUCUAAUCAAGUCUAUCCUUAUCCUCCACCAUCAGCUCCUCAAUAUAAUGUUCGACCUGCAGCAGCAUUUUGUCCUCAAUGUGGAAUCGCUCGCCAAAAUCCUUCGAUGAAAUUUUGUCCACCAUGUGGUCAAGCAUUUAAUAACUGA